AUGGCGAAUAUUACAGCUCAGAGCAACUCCAUCAUUUCAUUUAGAGAAUUACCAUUUAGUCGUCGAAGCAAUCAGGAAAAAUUGGCUGUUAAACAAUUAGGACCACCCCGACCAAAUUUAAAUAUAAAACAAAUAUCAAAGAAAGGAGGCAAGUCGUACACCAGGGGAUUUUCGCGGUGCUGGUACGAGAGGAAAAACUGGCUAGCAGGAUGCGAGCUAGCCAACGGACUCUUCUGCUACCCCUGCGUCCUCAUCCACCCUGAUGGCUGCACCACGGAAACACCUUGGACUACAACAGGUUUCAAAGAUAUGCAUCAUCUGUCCGAAAAAAUAAAAAAGCAUGAAACAUCGAGGAUCCACAUUGACAGCUGCUUAAAACUGUCAGCGUUUGGGAGCGUCAACAUUGCUACACAGUUGGACGAUGGCUACAGGCUAGCACUGCGUCGGCACAAUGAUGAGGUGGGAAAAAAUCGCCACAUUCUGGGCCGCCUGAUCGACGGUGUUAAGUUCUGCGGUGUAUUCGAGUUGGCCUUGCGAGGCCGAGACGAGAGAUCCAGCAACCCCGGAAUUUUUCGAGGAUUGGUACAGUUAAUUGCAUCCCUAGAUGAAGUUUUUGAGGAGCAUUUAAAAACGGCCACCGUCUUUAAAGGCACAUCCAAGACCGUCCAAAAUGAGCUGCUCAACUGCAUGGCAGCUGUCAUUAGGGCACGCAUUACGGAGGAGGUGAAGUCGGCCAGCUUCGUUGCGAUACAAGCUGACGAAACAACGGACGUCUCGACUCAGACUCAGAUGGUCAUGGUAUUGCGAUACAUUGAUGGGAGCCAUGCUGUUCAAGAGCGUUUUUUUGAGUUUGUCCCCCUCUCGUCUUCAACGGCUGACUCGAUUGCCACUGCUAUUAUGGAGAGACUGAACAGUCUAUUCACCGAGGAAGAGAGGGGUAAACUCAUCGCGCAAGCAUAUGACGGGGCCAAUGUGAUGAGAGGAGAGAAGGCUGGUGUGCAGCAAAAAGUGCGAGAGCAUUACAAAAAUGCACAUUAUUUACAUUGCUAUGCACACCAGCUGAAUUUGAUCAUGCAGCAAGCCACUUCUCAGGUCCCAGCAGUGAGGGUUUUUUUCUCGGAUCUGAAUGGCAUUUCUAGCUUUUUUAGUCGGUCACCCAAACGCACCACCAUCCUCGACCAGGUUGUUGCACGGAGGCUGCCAAGAGCAUCGGCCACAAGAUGGAACUUCAACAGCAGGGUCGUGAACACAGUCUAUGAGAACCUAGAUGACCUCAUAGAGUGUUUUGAAGCCAUCAGCACAGACGGCUCAUUUGACUGCACCACAGUGAGGGAGGCAUCUGGCUACCUGAGGAUGCUGCAGGACGAUGACUUCAAGUUUUUCCUGCAUCUAUUUCAUCAAAUCAUGCCUCACGUUGACAUUAUGUACCAACAGCUGCAGAAGAAGGACAUUGAUGCAGUCUUCAUCAAACGUGCUCUGCAGAGCUUCACAAGCAGUGUUCAAGCCAUACGGGACCAGAGCUCAUCUCCAGAGCAGCAGCAAGUAGCAGCAGGAACUACAGGAAAAAGGAGGGCCUUGGGAGAGCAAGACAAGCAGAGGCUGUCUAAGGAGGUCUGUGACACCAUCUUGGGCCAUGCAAACGAGAGGUUCUCUUUCACAAGCCACCUUGUGAGUGCAACGCUGCUACAAGGAGACCUGUUUGAGCAGUACUGCCAUGUGUUCCCUGAUGAGGCUCUGAACACCACUGCCAAGGCAUACCCCAUGCUGAAUAAGGCGAAGCUCAAGACUGAACUGUCCCUUAUCUACGAGAGUCCAGAUUUCAAGGGCUGCAGUGGUGCAUUGGCACUCUACCAGGUUCUACAGAGGAACAACCUCCACGAGACCCUAUCUGAGACUGUGGCUCUGUUGAACAUCCUCAUAACCACUCCCAUGACAACUGCUGAAGCUGAGAGGUGUUUCUCGACCUUAAAGAGAAUCAAGACAUUCCUGCGAAACUCAAUGGGACAGGAUCGUCUCAAUGCUCUGGCCAUGCUUUCCAUGGAGAGGGAACUAGUCAGGAACAUGCCUGAUUUUAAUGAGAGGGUCAUUGAUCACUUUGCUGCUUUGAAAGAGAGACGAGCAAAAUUUCAAUACAAGUGAGAAAUGUUGUUUUAAUGUUGUUGUGUUGUUGCACUACUCAAAUGUUGAAUUGGAAAUAGCUGUAUUAAUUGCAUAUCAUUAGCCAAUUUUUUUGUUUGCUUUGUAAUGUACAUGUGUCUUAUGGGUAAAUUCUUGUUAAAUAG